AAAGAAGUAGGAGACAAGCAUGGGGAGGGUGGUGCUUAUGGCAAUCUUGGCAAUGCUUAUAUUAGUCUGGGUGAUUUCAAAAAAGCCAUAGAGUACCACAACCUACAUCUUAAAAUAGCUAAAGAAGUAGGAGACAAGCAUGGGGAGGGUGGUGCUUAUGGCAAUCUUGGCAAUGCUUAUAUUAGUCUGGGUGAUUUCAAAAAAGCCAUAGAGUACCACAACCUACAUCUUAAAAUAGCUAAAGAAGUAGGAGACAAGCAUGGGGAGGGUGGUGCUUAUGGCAAUCUUGGCAAUGCUUAUAUUAGUCUGGGUGAUUUCAAAAAAGCCAUAGAGUACCACAACCUAGCUCUUAAAAUAGCUAAAGAAGUAGGAGACAAAUCCUUUGAGGCAAUGGCCUACUCUUCACUAGGAUGCGUUUUUGAGUUGCAAGGUGGACUGCCAAAAGCCGUUGAACAUUAUCAAGCUAGCAUAAACUUAUUCAAUUCCUUGAGAGUACUUCUAAAAUCUAAAGAUGAGUGGAAAGUUAAUUUUCGAAAUCAGCAUCAAAUGGCGUAUACGGGUUUGUGGAGAGUUCUCGUAGAACAAGGUAAUGUAGAUGAAGCCUUAUUUGUUGCUGAGAAAGGACGAGCUCAAGCUCUGACCGACCUCAUGGAAUCCAGUUUUUGUGGUGGAACAAGUCACCACAAGGGAGAAGAUGAAGAUUUCACAGUUUUAAAAAACGUUCCAUCAAACACUGUCUUUCAGGCAGUGGACAAAGCUAACGUCAAUCUUUGGGUUGUGUCCGAAGGAAAACAAGUUCAGUUAAGACAAAGUAAACUCAAAGGUUUUGUUUCAGAGAAUAGUGGAUCUAGCCAGUCCUUUGAGUCGUUCAUGCUCGGUGUCUAUACACAACUUGGUGUUCGUUCUAAUGUGAGAUGCGAGAAUCGAUCUUUAGAUGCUUUGAGGGAGGGCCGUUCAAAAGUGGAUGAGAAAACCAAAGAAGCCAACCCUCAACCUCACAUCCAACAAGACGGAUGCUUGAGCACUUUGUAUGAUAUCGUUAUGAAGCCGGUGGCUGACUUGAUUGAAGGGGAUGAGCUACUCAUUAUUCCUGAUGGACCCCUGUGGAUCGCUCCUUACGCUGCAUUGAAGGAUGGUAAUUCUAAAUACCUGUGUGAAUCGUUCACAAUCCGAGUCGCUCCAUCGUUAGCAAGUCUUAGACUCAUUGCCGAUUGCCCAGAUGAUUAUCACAAAAGCAGUGGUGCGUUACUUGUAGGAGAUCCGUGGGUAUCCGAGGUUACUAACAGCGAGGGAGAGAAAGUCCUCGAGCAGCUUCCGUGUGCUAAAGAAGAAGUAGAAAUGAUCGGAAAAAUUCUGAAUAUCACGCCAAUCACUGGCAGACAGGCCACGAAACGUGAGGUGUUGAAAAGACUCAGUUCCGUUUCCUUAGUUCACUUUGCGGCACACGGAUGUCCGGAAACUGGCGAAAUUGCUCUUACACCUGACCUAGACCGAAUAUCUACUGUGCCUACGGAGAAGGAGGAUUACAUUUUAACGAUUCGAGAUGUGUUGAAUGUUCAACUUCGCGCCAAACUUGUUGUGCUCAGUUGCUGCCACAGUGGUCGGGGCGAGAUCAAGGCUGAAGGUGUGGUUGGCAUUGCGCGCGCUUUUAUGGGGGCUGGUGCUCGGUCUGUUGUGGUGUCCCUGUGGGCGAUUGAUGACGAGGCUACUCUCCAGUUCAUGAAAUGCUUUUAUCAACACCUUGCAGAAGGUAAACCUACAAGCAAGUCACUGAACCUGGCCAUGAAAAGCCUCAGAGAAUCAGAUGAGUUCCACGACAUCAAAUACUGGGCGCCCUUUUUGCUGAUUGGAGAUGACCUCACGUUUGACCUGAUGGCAAAGGAAAGAGAAAAUUUGAAUAGAAAAUCAAAUAAAUGAGGAAAUGUUUUUUUCAUCUCAAAAGAAUGAAGCAGGAACUUGGAAGGUUUAAAUGUUUCUCUAUUUUAAACAAUUUUUGGCUAUUUUUCUUUACUUUUUGUUUUUUUGUUAAAUGGAACUUGAGAUGUGCAACUUUACUAUGGUGAAGAAAUAAACCAGUCUAUUUCAUUAUAUUUUGAUCAGUGGAAUUGUCAUUUUUUGUUACCUUAACAAAUUUAAAUGCUUGCGAAGAGAACGAAAUGCAACAAGGCCUCUGUUAUGAACGAGGUUUCCAUUUCCACCAACAUGUCACUCAGCUCUGUUCCUGUAUUACAAUCAGUUGUAUGGAAAAUAAUUUAAAGGUUAUUUCUUUUACCCAACCAGGGGCUUUUCCACCGGAUUUUAAUUACCUUUAUGCUCUAAGCUUUUGAUAAGCAAAGAAACAAUUCGUCAUUUGCAAAAGUUGGCGAAUUUUUAUUUCCAAAACUUUGAUUGAAUAUGUAUGUGAAUUGAAUAUGUGAAUUGAUCUUAGACCGUUUUCUACAUCAUAAAUUACUUUGUUACAAUUUACCUUCAUCUUUACAAAAAAAUUGAUUACCAUUUUCAACUCAAUCCAUUUUAAUGCAAUCUAGUUCUGUCAGUGCCAAGAUUGCCAUUCUAAGCUUAAUUUGAAGAAGUAAACAUCAGAGAUGAUGUUAUUAAAUUUACUAACCAUAUGUUAGAGACAUUACACCUACUUUUAGGGGUGUAGCCAGCCUCUAGUCCCGUAGGCCCGGCCUACAAUUGUUUUCUGCCCGCUUGACUUUUACUAAAAGAUAAUAUGACUCUUGCAAAUGUUGAAACAAAAAUUGAAAUUUGUGAGGGAAGAGGCUUACAUUUAGUCAAAAAGCUGGCUACAACCCUGUUUUCAAUCAAACGAGUCUGGCCAAUUUUUGUCCGUUUUACCAAACACUUCUCCGUUCGUUUUAAAGAACGACGACAGAGAGGCUAAAAAUUGUCCAUGUAAUCUAAACUAGGAAAGAGGGACGCAGAGUUCACUAUAAUUAAGGUUUCCAUAGGUGUGACUUUUAUUGUAUGUGACAUGGAAUUUGUUGUUUCUAGUACGACAAUAUUUACGCUCAUAAAUGAGAGAAGCAGUUAACGUAAGCCAUGUAGUCCUCAAUGGGAAUUAUUUUGGUGAAAAGGCUCAUUAAUUAAUGUAAACCUAGUGCGUAGUUGAAAACGUUCAGGGCUUCAGGAUAAAACUUCUAAUUGUUGAAAAUCACCUCUUGAAAUUUUUUCAUCGCUUUAAAUUUACCUCAGCAUGAUUUGAGGAUGUCUGAUAAUAUGCGUGGUUGAAUAUAAUGUAACUAGGAUUUUAAAGACAUGCUGGGACAGUUUCAACUAAACAUGGUUUGUAUAAUGUCAGUGUAUUUCGUGUGAAGUGUUUUGAUGCUAUUUUUUUUUAAGUUGAAGAUAAUUGUUCAUUUACCUUAGUUUAUAUUAAUUAACUCAUGAACUCCCAAGUUCUGAAGAAAAAUUCUCCCAACUGAUAAGAAUGUGUCUCUCUUUGCUGCCGCUUGUUCCGAGAAUUCGAUGUAACAUUAUGUUUCUAGUAAAAGAUUAUCCUCCAGUUUGGAUUUUCUCUAAUUGUUAUUGACUCCAUGUUUGUCGGUGUAUUAAUACCGUGAGGAGAAUUUAAAUUAUGAUCAGUCUUGGGAGUAAAUGGGUUCAUUUUAGCGUCUCCGUUUAGCGCGUAUUUUACUUAAUGCCUUGAACGAUUUAAUGCAGUUUCUAUUGUGCUUAUUUUUUUACUUCUUUGUGUAAGAGAAAUAUACAGUGUAUAAAAUACAAAAACUGCGUUGAUUUA